AAACAAGAUUUCAGAACUUGCAUAAAAAUCAUAGCCAGAGUUCUUUCUUUCCACACGAAGUAAAUUAUAAUUUUUCUGUGUUGAGAAAUGGAGAAAUUCAUUCUUGUGGUUAACUGUGAGCUCAAAUCCAGUGGAAUAGUGUAGAACAGAGUAAAGGGUCUUGUGUUUUAAGUUUUCCAUUUGCACGAGGAAAAGUUUUACCUUUCAUUUUACUUCUCAUUCCACUCUGAAGAAUGGAUUGUAAGAGCUUCAUACCAGGGAAUUUGGAUCCAGAGAGGAAAAGGAGUGGUGGGUUGAGAACAAAACAGGCUGGGCGUGGGUCUUGCAGAGGAAGUUAGGCUAAAAACCCACUAAGAAAAACUGAAGGAAAAGGAAAGGAAAGUGUUUCUCCUCUGGGAAAAGGAGUAGUAAAAUCAAAUAUUAUCCUUUUUCUUCACUGUUCCGAACAGAAGCUUUCUAUAUACAUCUUUGUUUACAGAUAUAUACAAGAGUAUUCAUAUAUUCUGCUCUUCAUUGGCAAAUUGCUAUGGGGUACUUAUUCAAAGAGGCAUUGAAGACACUUUGUGGAGUCAAUCAAUGGUCUUAUGCUGUUUUCUGGAAGAUUGGUUUACAAAACCCCAAGCUUUUGAUUUGGGAAGAAUAUUAUUAUGAACCUAUAUCAUGUUCUAGGCUACCUGGGAUUGAGAAUCCAGAAAUUUGUCUUGAAGAUUAUGAUGCUUCCUGGGCUUCUGCUGAAACUCGUAAUUUACAGCCCGGGGUUCAAGCAGGGAAUAAAGUGCACAUGCUUGUGAACAAAAUGAUGAUGGACAAUUAUGUUAAUGUUGUUGGAGAAGGACUAAUCGGAAGGGCUGCUUUUACUGGAAAUCAUCAGUGGAUUCUUUCUGAGAGCUUUACUGGAGAAGCACAUCCAACAGAGGUUGUAAAAGAAGCAGGUCAACAAUUUUCCGCUGGAAUGCAGACAAUUGCUGUUGUUCCCGUUCUUCCCCAUGGUGUUGUUCAGCUUGGUUCACACUUGGCAAUAGUGGAAAAUGUGGAAUUUGUGAAUGAUGUGAAGAAUUUAGUUCACCAGCUGGGAUAUCUACCCAGUGUCUUGCAUUCUGAAAACUAUGCGGCAAAACAUGACAGUUGCAACUAUGUUGAAAAUUCCAGUCAGACUUCUUGUUCUUCAGUAAGACAUCAGUCCAGUGGUGGAGAAUUUCAAGCAUCAAACUCAAUCCUAAGUCAUGUUAAGCCUGAUGAUGUCCACAAUGAAGCAAAAAUCACUUCAUCAAUGAAGUUGAACUUUACUUCCACAAACCCGUUAGUGAAUGGAGGGACAAAAGCGGAAGUUAUUCCCUCAUGUUCGGAAAUAAGCCAACAGGCUUCUCUGUACAUCCCAAUUUUGAGAGUAGAUCAACCUUCUAGCAGUGCAUCUACAUUAAAUAGUGGCAGUUUAAGAUGGCCAGAGCCAAAAAUCUUACCAGAUGCUGGCAUGGAAGACUAUUUUAGCUGCCCAAAUGUGUCCAAUGGCAUUCUCACAUCUGCAUUGAGAACAAAAUCAGGCCCGUUUUCUAGUUCUAAUGAGGAUUCUGGUACUACAGCUUACAUGGAUCCAAGCUCAAGUGGGCUUCUGAACACUGAUUCGUCUAAAAUAGAGGCAUCUAUCUCUGAUUCUGUUAACAAUUUGGCCAUGAAUCAUGUGCUUUCAGAUAGCUCUGCAGUCAAGCAUCAGUCUUUGGAUAUAUUGACAAAUUCCGCAUGUGAAGAUGCAUGUGUCCAACCUCUAUCAGGAGACGACUUGUUUGACAUUUUGGGCAUUGAUUUUAAGAAUAAGCUACUUAAUAGUUGUUCGAGUAAUGGUUUGAACAAUGGAUCAGACUGGAAUGAACAUAAUUCGGAUAAGAAUUACUCUCUGUCCAUAAAAAGUGAGGAUGCCGAAAUAUAUACUAAUGGUCGAGGAAACUCGGAUAGUGAUAUUUCCUACGUGACUGGCGGUGACCAUCUCUUAGAUGCCAUUGUCUCUGGGUUUCACUCUUACCCUAAGCAUGGCUUAGAAGACAAUAUUUCUUGUAAGACAAUGUUGUCAGAUACGACUUGCUCAUCUGCACCUGAUACUUCACUUCCUUAUGGCCGAGUUGGGGCAUCAGAUCAAAUAAAGGGAGAAUUAGUUGGCGUUCCGAAAUAUUUGGCAAAAGCAGGAUCAGUGAGUUCUUGCUCCUUUGUCUCUGGACUUUCCAAGAAUGACUUGGGAACCCAUUCCCAAAGAAGUUCUAUUCAUGAAUCACAGAUAGGUUCAUGGGUCGAAAAGUUUCAUGACGUGAAGCAGACGAACAGUGUGUCUACCAGUUAUUCUAAGAAAUGUGAUGAAAUCAGCAAAGCAAAGCGGAAGAGGCUUAAACCAGGUGAAAAUCCAAGACCCCGGCCUAAAGAUCGCCAAAUGAUCCAAGAUCGUGUCAAGGAAUUGAGGGAAAUCGUGCCAAAUGGGGCAAAGUGUAGCAUUGAUUCUCUUCUGGAACGCACUAUCAAGCAUAUGACUUUCAUGCAAAGUGUCACAAAGCAUGCAGAUAAGCUAAAACAAACAGGAGAAUCUAAGAUUAUUAGCAAGGAUGAUGGAGUGCUUUUAAAAGAUGACUUUAAAGGUGGAGCAACAUGGGCUUAUGAAAUUGGUUCAACAUCUAUGGUCUGCCCCAUCAUAGUCGAGGAUCUGAACCAGCCCCAACAAAUGCUUGUGGAGAUGCUUUGUAAAGAACAUGGUUUGUUUUUAGAAAUAGCUGAUGUAAUUAGAGGACUUGGGUUAACCAUUUUGAAGGGGCUGAUGGAAAGUUGCAAUGACAAGAUCUGGGCACGCUUUGUUGUUGAGACUAACAGGGAUGUGACGAGGAUGGAAAUUUUUAUCUCGCUCAUUCGACUCCUGGAGCAAACUGCAAAAAGCAGCGACAUUGCACCUUUCAAUGACAGUAGCAAUGACACCAUGACGGUUCAUCAAUUUCAGGAAGCAGCCUCUAUACCUGCAACUGGUAGAUCCCAUGGUUAGCUGUUGUCUACUCAAUUCUUAGAUUUUCCGUCUGGACGAGUUAAGAGUGAGUAAAAGUCAUGCUUGCCGUGGUUAUCAAUUUUACCAGACUCGUCCCAUCAGAUGUUCUGAUGGAUACUUUGUCUUCCAUGUGCUGAACUGUCGCUGACAUUACUUUGGAGCUAGGGUGACACCUAUGGCAUAAUUGCUAAGGAAGAUUGAGUAGCACGGGACACUAAAAGUUUAAAAAAAAAAAAAAUGUUCAUCAUUUUGUUGAGUCAGUUCAAGUACUACGUAUGGAACAUGCACUUAGGAGAGAGUAAUAUUACAAGUUGGAUUAGUGUAUGUUGCUUGUAAUCAGAAGCAAGUUACUGUUAGAAGUGGUGAACGAUUGCUGUUAAGUGGUUUUCCUCAUUUAUUCUUUACCGGGCUAUUUUUAUUAGUCGGAAUGACAAGGUAGAUAACUUGACAAGGGGGAGUGGGUCGAGGGAUAGGUAUUGUCUUCCAUUGCCGGUGUUUUCUAGGUAUACUUGUGUAGAAAAGACGGGACUUCUACAUUGUUUAAUGGCAUGUGUUUUAUCCAAUACUGUGUACUAUAUAUA